UCUAGGACUUGCUGAUGCAACAAGGAAUCUGCUGCAAUGCUCUGAGGAGUUUUCGUCACCUUCAAUUUUUGGUUAACUUUGACAUAUAAUGAUGCAUUUUAAUCAUAUCUCUCUAGACUUAUUUCCACGUGAAGGUUUAAGUCUAACAUUAUUAGUGUUUGGUCUCUAAACAAAUCUCCUAAAAUGGACAUACAAGAUGUGUUGAACUGUACGUUUUCAGCGUGGUAUCCCAAGUUCAAAGACGUAACGAUUAAGAGUUACAUCCUGCCUCUGCCCAAAGAGUUCCUGGACUAUCUACAAGCGGACGGCAUUGUUCUUCCAGAACAAUGUGUUGCAGCAGGUGGAAAACAUGAUGAAGAUGAUAUUGAGGGAGAGGAGCUUGAUGUUGACUGGGAAUCUGCUGACAUUUCCGAAACAAAAAUGCCCAGUUUUCCUGAAUUUGAGAGUUUAACAAAAAAAAUUAUCAAGAAUUUGGGAGGUUCUGCUUUCCCAAAAUUAAACUGGAGUGCCCCAAGGGAUGCCACAUGGAUUUCCUUUGAUAAGACAUUAAGGUGUACCUGUCCUAGUGAUGUUUACCUCCUUUUGAAGAGUUCAGAGUUCAUCACGCAUGAUUUGACACAACCGUUUUCACAUUGUAAGGAUUGUGAGAACAGUAACAAUGUCACAGUCAGCUACGAACUUAUUCUAAGAAAGUGGCAGAGUCUAGCUUCAGGAAUGGAAUUUCGUUGUUUUGUACGAAAUGGAAACUUAAUAGCAAUCUGUCAGCGAAACCACACAGAACAUUAUGAAUUUAUAUCCAAGAUGAAGGAUGAAAUAGUGUCGGAUAUCAAGGCCUUCUUCUACCAUAUGGUGGCUGGCAAGUUUCCUAGUAAAAACUAUGUAUUUGAUGUGUACAGGAGAGACAAGGGGAAGCUACUCUUGAUAGACUUCAACCCUUUUGGUGCUGUGACUGACGGCUUGUUGUUUACGUGGAAAGAGCUUGAGUGUUUGAAGGGAGACAAAAAGGAAGGACAACAGGGAAACAACCAAUCACAAGAUACCGCCAACGCAGCUCAUCCCUUGGAUACACCAGACAACGAUCAGGAACCUGUAUUUAGGUUUGUGGAACAUCCAGAGGGUGUGCAGCCUCAUCCUUAUUCUUGUUUUGGUAUCCCUGAGGACAUUAAGGACCUUACCAGUGGGGAGGAUCCCUACAAACUCAUGGACCUACUUAAUCUGAAAAUUCAACAAAUAGGACAGGAGGAAUCGUCUGACGAGGAGGCCAACUGACAAGUACUGAUCUACAUGUAUUGAUAGAAAAACACCUAAUUAGUGUGAUUCUGUUGUUACAAAUGUGAACAGAGGCAUCCCUAAGUACUUUAACAAUUAUGUUACUGGGGAUAUCUUUUGUUUGUCAAUUGUUCAAUAACAGGAGUCACCUUGGACAUAGAAAGUUUUAAUAAAGAAAAUUUUGUAUUAAAUUUAGUUUUAAUUCGUCCACUUUCAGUUUAACAUCAUCUUGUAUGAUAGAUAAGUACAUUCUGUGAAGGACAUACUGGUAUCAUUUGCUAUAACUUUAUUCCUAGUCAUAUUCUUUCUGUAGCAUAAGUUUUAUAACGCUGAGUGAUAAACUUUUUAAUCAUUUCAGGAUAACUAGCAUGACAGUGUUUACAUCAAAAUUUUGGUAUUUUGUGUUAUCUUACAGAUACUAGGUUGUGUCUUAAGCAUUAAACAUCAGUCACAUUGUUAUGAUAGUAACAUACUGUAAAAUGACGCCUUUUACUUUUAUGAAGAGAAGUACAAUGUAAAAUUUAUUACACAUGAUCACUAUCAAGAAUCAUGCAAAAUUAUAUAUUGUUUUUAUAUAUUAUCAAUAAAAUGUUCACAAUUGAUAA